CGCGUGCGUAAGUAGUAGUGUCCGCAUACUAUAUUUUGCACCGAUGUUUAUUUACAUUGGUUGCUAUACAGUCACGUGACAUUGUGCGGAGCAAAUAGCAACAACUGUCAUGGCGGAGAUUGCAUACCACAUACCAACAGUCAAUAUGUGAAGCUGUCACGACAAUGAUGCCACACUGUGAUAGUGUUUCUAUACCACUAUAUAACACUAUCUCAUAACAGGAAUAGUUCAGUCAAAAUUAAAGAAACCAGUUUGGAUUAUUUCUUCUGUGCAGUUUCUCUAAUAUUUUGGUUUGAUUUGUUAAAAGUAUUUAUACUUGGUUAUUGUAUGGAUUGAAAAAAUAGGAAAAAUCUGUGAAAAUGAAUCGCUACACAGUAACAAAGCAGCUUGGGGAUGGUACAUACGGGAGUGUAUUGCUUGCUACAUGUAUAGAGACAAAUGAAAAAGUGGCCAUUAAAAAAAUGAAGAAAAAGUAUUAUUCAUGGGAUGAAUGUUUGAAUCUCAGGGAAGUUAAGUCAUUGCGGAAGCUCAAUCAUGCCAACAUAGUCAAAUUGAAGGAAGUUAUCAGAGAAAAUGAUCAGUUGUUCUUUGUGUUUGAGUUCAUGAAAGAAAAUCUCUACCAGAUGAUGAAAGACAGGGACAAGUUAUUCCCAGAGUCAGUUAUACGAAAUGUAGUGUACCAAAUUUUACAAGGUUUAGCUUUCAUGCAUAAACAUGGUUUCUUUCAUCGUGAUUUGAAACCAGAAAAUUUGUUGUGUUCAGGACCAGAUUGUUGUAAGAUAGCAGAUUUUGGACUCGCUCGUGAAAUACGAUCUCGGCCUCCAUAUACAGAUUAUGUGUCAACACGAUGGUAUAGAGCUCCCGAGGUGCUGUUACGGUCAACAAAUUACAACAGUCCUAUAGAUAUCUGGGCAGUAGGUUGUAUAAUGGCAGAAAUGUACACAUUACGACCCCUGUUUCCGGGCAGCUCAGAAAUAGAUGAAAUAUUUAAAAUUUGUACAGUGCUUGGAACUCCAAAACAGGAUGAUUGGGAUGAAGGAUUUAGACUCGCCUCUGCAAUGAACUUCCGAUGGCCACAAUGUGUUCCCCAGAAUCUGAAGACCCUGAUACCCAAUGCCAGUCAAGAAGCUAUACAUCUAAUGAAGGACAUGAUGCAUUGGAAUCCACAGAAAAGACCUACAGCAAGUCAGUGUUUAAGAUAUCAAUAUUUUCAAGUUGGCCAGAAUCUUGGUACAACUAUGCCAUCCCCAGCUCGUCCCCCCGCCCAGCCCAUUCACACACAAUCAUCUUACAAACCCCCAGAGAAGCCUAGCGUACCAUCACCACAACAUCACAUGACAAAUCGACCAUUCCAAGAAAAGCCGACGAUACCUAACCAACAACAACCAGUUGUGCCAAACUAUCCUCAGAAACAGCAGCAUAACCAGGAUCUAGAUGAUCCUUUUCAAAUGUCUGUAACAAAGAAACAAAGUGCAAGGAAACGUUGGGGUGGCGGUGUAUCCGACACCUGGGAUGAUUUUGAUGACCUAGAUUUUGGUGUACCUCGUAAACAGAAAGCUGCACCAGUGAAACCAUUACCUGGGAUAGGUGGUAAACGAGAGGAAAAGAAGGAAAAUAUGUUUAAUGAUGAUGAAGAUGAUUUCUUAGCGAGUAUAUUAGGGAAAAAGUCAUCGAAGGCUAACCAGCGGAUACCUUCAGGUCGAUCUCGAGAAUCUUCUGCUAAACAACAUUAUCUCUCCAAGGCGAGGUAUUUACCUGGUAUAGCAGCUCCGUUUAACAAGAAAAACAGCAAUGCUGCCUUAAUUACUGUACAGGGCCACAAACCUGCGGUAGUUAAGCCCCUUGAAUAUUGGACCAAUCCAGAAUCUGGAAUAAAUCCCAAAAGUAGUUCAAGGAAGGAAUCAGGAGGACCAAGUCUAGGUCCAAGCACCUGGGGCAGUCCGGCCAUGAACAAACCAAGCGGUAUGAACAUAGGACGGGCGAACCAAGGGUUAGCGGGUAAUCAGGGAUCACCAUCAUAUGUACCUUCAUUCUUGUCUAGUAAUAAACCUAACAAUUAUUCUAAUGUAAGUUGGAAGCGGGCACAGCCAGCUCCUCUGUCAUUAAACAAGAAUUCUGCGGGCUACAGACAACCAGUGGGUGGGGCAGCAGCUGGGAGAACAGACUGGGCAGCUAAUUCAAGUAGCCCUCUACAUGUCUGUAACAGCUCUUCAUCAAGGCCAAAUUGGUUCAGAAAAUACUUGAAGUCAUGAUCAUUUAUUUCAUCAAGGGACAAAACUCUUCAUCAACAAUCAUUAUUCCAACUGGGUAGUCAUUUAACAGUUAUCUCCCUUGGAAAAGUUUUUCCAGAAUGGAUUCUGGUGUAAAUUUCAGGCUUUGUGAAAAAUUUGUGGAACAGAAAUUGUGUUGUUAUUUGAAACCUUGACUACAAGACAAUCUUCAUGAGAUGCAUUUGAUGUAAAUUCUUUCAAUGUGAAAUUUUAUUCCAUGACCUGCAACAUGGCAGUUUUUUGUCCUUUUAAUUGUUUAUAUAUGUAAAAUACAAUAAUACAUGUAUAUAUUGUUAAAGAGAAAAGAUAUAUAAACUGUGAUUUGUUUUAAUUGAAUUUAAUCAUGUUUUAAUUGAAACUGAAAUAUUUAUUACUGUAAUGUACAUGUAUGGAAGUUACAGUUCCACUCUCACAGUUUUACACAGUAAAGUUCUUGCCUUAGAUGCCAAAGUAUCAUUUAUGAGGUAUGUUUAUAUGCAAGUUCCCUGAUCUCUGUUUUACUGAUGAAUUAAUUAGAGAUGUCAAUGUGCCUUUAAAUUAUUGAAAUUCUUGUUAUUCAUUGUAAAAACCAAUUGUAAAUGGUUUUAUUUUUAAUUUCAGCUUGCUUAUCUGCUACUUUUAAAGCAUACAUAAGAAAGAUAUUUUAAAAAAUGCACAUUGCAUUAAAUUUACCUCAUAUAUGGUAUUGUACUAACACCAUUUAUUACAUUCAACAUUAGAUCUAGGUAGGGUGAAGGAUCCAGUCCACUUUGUGGUAGUAUUUUAAAAGAGAAACAAGAUAUUCAUAGGAAGUUAAGUGUAAGCUGUCCAUAAAAUGUACUGGGGCUUGUAUUUGACCUGUUUGUGCCAGAGUGUAUGGAUAGUACAGUCCUACACCUAAGUAAAUGAUAUGAUUUAUACCUGGUUGCACGCCCAUCGUAGCUCACAUUAAUGUGGGUGGGGUAGACCUGUAUACUUACAGUUAUAAGGAAUAGACUCCUUAAGGGCUGAAACCAAAUAAAUGCAUUUGAUAGUUAGAAAGUUUUCCUUUUAUUUUCUUAUUAAUAUAUAUAGUGUUAUUAUGUCCAGAAAAUGUUAUUUUAUUUCAUGUUAACAUCAGUUGUUAGUGCAACUGUUAAAACAUAAAAACAAUUGUGGUCUGUCUAAAUCUGUAUCUGUAGAUCUAGUUAAAAUUUACUGCUUUAAUCCCAGAUUCUGAAUUUUAAUUCCAAUAUGGCCAUAUUAAAAGCAUAUUUAAAACAAUAAUUUAAAGCUGUAAGUGCUGGUCAAAGAAUGUUGCAUUUUGGGUCGUUAUCAUUGAGUCGAGCAGUUUUCCCCGUUUAUUAAUUUGUUGUUUUGUUGUAGAAUAUUUAAAUAUAUAUAUUCUCUGUAUUUAGACCAGUAACUUUCUAAAUUAUUUUGUAUUGAUUAUUGUAAAAAGUUUUUUCCCCAAUGAAUCUCUUCUUAAUUUAAUUUUGAAUAUUUGUGCAAGAUUUAACUUUGUAAGAUUGUACAGGAAGAAGAAUUACAGCUGACUAUUAAUUGAUAUUCUGUGAAUAUUACAUUUUUAGCUCGACUAUAUGAAGAAUAGGGGAGCUAUCCUACUCGCCCCGGCGUCUGUGUUAGGGUUAGCGUGAGCGUUGGCGUCACACAAAUGUUAAAGUUUUCAAAGUCCAUUGAGAUAUUGCUUUCAUAUUUUGCAUACUUGUUUACCAUCAUGACCCCAGUCUGUAAAAAGGAGGAGGCAGCUCUAUCAAGCAUUUUGACUGAAUUAUGGCCCCUUUUCGACUUAGAAUAAAUGUUAAAGUUUGCGUACCACCCCAAACAUUUUCAAAGUCCAUUGAGAUAUUGCUUACAUAUUUUGCUUACUUGUUAACCAUCAUGACCCCAGUCUGUAAAAAGGAGGAGGCAACUCUAUCAAGCAUUUUAUCGGAAUUAUGGCCCCUUUUCGACUUAGAAUAAAUGUUAAAGUUUGCGUACCACCCCAAAUAUUUUCAAAGUCCAUUGAGAUAUUGCUUUCAUAUUUUGCAUACUUGUUUACCAUCAUGACCCCAGUCUGUAAAAAGGAGGAGGCAACUCUUUCAAGCAUUUUACCGGAAUAAUGGCCCCUUUUCAACUUAGAAUAAAUGUUAAAGUUUGCGUACCACCCCAAAUAUUUUCGAAGUCCAUUGAGGUAUUGCUUUCAUAUUUUGCGUACUUGCUUACCAUCAUGACCCCAGUCUGUAAAAAGGAGGAGGCAACUCUAUCAAGCAUUUUGACUGAAUUAUGGCCCCUUUUUGACUUAGAAUAUGCUUACUGUAAUGUUAAAGUUUUACUCAUUGCUUAUAUUAUACUAUCAAGCACUGAGAAUAGUCGAGCGCGCUGUCCACUGACAGCUCUUGUUUAUAUUAUAAAUGUUUCUAAUUCUGGUGAAUCUCUUCUGGAAUAUUAGAAUGACAGUUCCUAUGAAAUAUUUCUGUGAGAUUUAACUAAUAUAAAUGUUACUGCAAUGAAAUACUAGAUGGCAGAUUAAAAAUCUUCUGUGAUUUUUACUUUUUCAUCAGUGUGAACUUAUACAAGUUUGUGAUGUAAGUAUCAGUAUAAAUUAAAAGUAAAGUUGAUGUUUUUAUGUAGGUUUAUUUGUUUUGUAAAAUACUAUUUAAGAGGAAAAGGCACCUAGGAAAAAAUAUAUAUAUAUAUAUAAAUUGGGGUCAUAAACUUGUAUUGUUAAUUAAUGCAGAAUAGUUUAGGUUGUUAAAAAUGGUCAGUGAGUCUGUGAUAUGUAUGUAGUUACCAAUUUUAAUUUUUAGCUCACCUGUCACAUAGUGACAAGGUGAGCUUUUGUAAUCACGCAGCGUCCGUCGUCCGUGCGUACGUCCGUCCGUAAACUUUUGCUUGUGACCACUCUGGAGGUCACAUUUUUUGUGGGAUCUUUAUGAAAGUUGGUCAGAAUGUUCAUCUUGAUGAUAUCUAGGUCAAGUUUGAAACUGGGUCACGUGCCAUCAAAAACUAGGUCAGUAGGUCUAAAAAUAGAAAAACCUUGUGACCUCUCUCGAGGCCAUAUAUUUCAAAAGAGCUUCAUGAAAAUUGGUCAGAAUGUUCACCUUGAUGAUAUCUAGGUCAAGUUCGAAACUGGGUCACGUGCCGUCAAAAACUAGGUCAGUAGGUCUAAAAAUAGAAAAACCUUGUGACCUCUCUAGAGGCCGUAUAUUCCACAAGAUCUUCAUGAAAAUAGGUCAGAACGUUCACCUUGAUGAUAUCUAGGUCAAGUUCAUACUGGGUCACAUGCCAUCAAAAACUAGGUCAGUAGGUCUAAAAAUAGAAAAACCUUGUGACCUCUCUAAAGGCCAUAUAUUUCAUGAGAUCUUCAUGAAAAUUGGUCAGAAUGUUCACCUUGAUAAUAUCUAGGUCAGGUUUGAAAGUGGGUCAACAGCCGCCAAAAACUAGGUCAGUAGGUCAAAUAAUAGAAAAACCUUGUGACCUCUCUAGAGGCCAUAUUUUUCAUGGCAUUUGUAUGAAAGUUGGUCUGAAUGUUCAUCUUGAUGAUAUCUAGGUCAAGUUCGAAACAGGGUCACGUGCCAUCACAAAAUUAGGUCAGUAGGUCAAAUAAUAGAAAAACCUUGUGACCUCUCUAAAGGCCAUAUUUUUCAUGGGAUCUGUAUGAAAGUUGGUCUGAAUGUUCAUCUUGAUGAUAUCUAGGUCAAGUUCGAAACAGGGUCAUGUGUGGUCAAAAACUAGGUCAGUAGGUCUAAAAAUAGAAAAACCUUGUGACCUCUCUAGAGGCCAUACUUGUGAAUGGAUCUCCAUAAAAAUUGGUCAGAAUGUUCAUCUUGAUGAUAUCUAGGUCAAUUUCGAAACUGGGUCACAUGCCGUCAAAAAGUAGGUCAGUAGGUCAAAUAAUGAAAAAACGUUGUGACCUCUCUAGAGGCCAUAUUCUUCAUGGGAUCUGCAUGAAAGUUGGUCUGAAUGUUUAUCUUGAUGAUAUAUAGUUCAAGUUUGAAACUGGGUCAACUGCGAUCAAAAACUAGGUCAGUAGAUCUUGAAAUAGAAAAACCUUGUGACCUCUCUAGAGGCCAUACCCUUGAAUGGAUCUUCAUGAAAAUUAGUGAGAAUGUUCACCUUGAUGAUAUCUAGGUCAAGUUCAAAACAGGGUCAUGUACCUCUGAAAACUAGGCCAAUAGGUCAAAUAAUAGAAAAACCUUGUGACCUCUCUAGAGACCAUAUUUUUCAAUUGGUCAGAAUUUUUAUCUUGAUAAUAUCUAGGUCAAGUUCAAAAUUGGGUCACAUGAGCUCAAAAACUAGGUCACUAUGUCAAAUAAUAGAAAAAAACGACGUCAUACUCAAAACUGGGUCAUGUGGGAAGAGGUGAGCGAUUCAGGACCAUCAUGGUCCUCUUGUUUACCAUUUCAAUAAUGUACAGUCAUGAAAAAACCUGAGGUCAGUGCAAACGGUUGUCAACUUUUUUCAGUCACAUUUAUUCACCUGCUGUUUACAUAAACUAUUUCUUGUUUUUGUCAUGUAAACAAAUUAUUUCACUAAGCUUGUUUGCAAUUAAUUUCAGUUUCAUUUGAUCAGAUGUAAAGGUACAUAUUCAUCAGAAAAUGUUGUUACGUGUAAGUAACAGAUUUCAACUUUAUCAUGUACAGUCAGACAGCAUGUACAGUGUUUGACACCUUCCCGUAUUUCUGAGUCCGUCCAGUGACCUUGUAUUAAUGUUGACAUUUUUUUGUGUAUUUAUGUUGAAAUUCUUGUAUAUAAAGAAGUUAGACUUCUUUCCUCUUGUUUAACUAGACUGGUUCCAUUUAACUAGAACAGUUUAAGAAGUCGAGGCGUUGGUCCAGACAGAUCUUGCAAAACUGAGAAUAGGAAAGUAAAAUAAUACAGCAUUGUGUCAGAAACUACGAGUCAAGCACUUUGUAGUUGGCCAACACUGGCUGUCCCCUUAAAAAGGGAAACGAUUACCUUUUUAGCAACUUGGUAUUUGGACCUUUUUGCGGGAAAUCAUGGUAAAAUGCAGCUCAAUCAUUAGUAGUUUUUAACAAGAAAAAAAAAUAAUUUACAUCUUUUUAUUGAUUUUUUUUUUUUAAAUGAAAGUAUGUGUUAGUUUGUUUAUUGACCAGCCCUGGUUAUGUAUGGAUGUACAUUUUUAGUUUAUCAUUUUACAACAUGACAAUGUUAAACUUUGACAUCACAAGAAAGCUGUUAUACCGUUGUAAACACAUUACAAUAGAAUAUAAAAGAAUAAAAAGUGCCUCCAAAUGUU